AGUCAGUUCAAACUGAAAACACGCUGCCUGCACGCAGACUAUUCAGGAGACGUUCAUGUGUGGAGCAGGGACGCUGAUUAAGAGCCUACCUCUGAAUGAGCUACAGAUUUUUUUAAACCCUCACAAGUAUUAAGCCAGGUUGCGUCAGUUAAUAACUUUCCAUGAUUGAGUCUGACAUAUUUUUUUUCGACUGUGUCAUUUCAGUGUAAGCCGAUACACUAAUCAAGACUUGUCUCGGAACCUGCUGAGUGCGCUCACUGGAUGCUUUGGGCGAGCAGGUGGCGCAAGCUGCGGUUCCCUUAAUUUGUUAUUAGGGGCAAGACGCAGGCAGACCGGAGUUAACGCACCUUACUGGACGUUAAGCAUUUAAUACCCGACUUGAAGGUGGGUGAGGGGACGAGCUGCGUAAUUUUUCUCCCUUGUUUAAAAGGGAACAUUUGACAAGGGAGCUGUGAUGCCAGUUGCAGACAGCGACAUGGUAGUAGACAACAGCCACGGGUUAUAUGAGGGUAAAACCCCAAGUAGUGCCGGGAAUGACAACAUCCUCCCGGCUUCAUGCAGUCCUGCAGCGGACAUCCUCAAGAACUUUUACCACACCAAGCGGGUCGGGAACUAUCUGAUUGGGAGGAAGCUGGGAGAAGGAUCGUUCGCCAAAGUUAGAGAAGGUCUCCACGCCUUGACUGGAGAGAAGGUGGCGGUGAAGGUGAUCGACAAGCGGAAGGCCAAGAAGGACUCAUAUGUGACCAAGAACCUGCGGAGGGAGGGCCACAUCCAGCAGAUGAUCCGCCACCCCAACAUCACGCAGCUGCUGGACAUCCUGGAGACAGAGAACAGCUACUACCUGGUGAUGGAGCUGUGUCCAGGGGGGAACCUCAUGAACCGCAUCUACGACAAGAAACGCCUAGAUGAGCGGGAGACUCAGAAGUACAUCAGGCAGUUGGUGCUGGCCGUCGAGCACCUGCACAGGGCGGGUGUGGUGCACAGGGAUCUCAAGAUAGAAAACCUCCUUUUGGAUGAGCAGGACAACAUAAAGCUCAUAGAUUUUGGCCUCAGUAACUGCGCAGGCAUCUUGGGAUACUCAGACCCUUUCAGCACCCAGUGUGGAAGUCCGGCUUAUGCCGCCCCAGAGCUGCUCUCCAGGAAGAAGUACGGGCCGAAGGUGGAUGUCUGGUCCAUUGGUGUGAACAUGUAUGCGAUGUUGACCGGGACUCUGCCGUUCACUGUGGAGCCCUUCAGUCUCCGAGCCCUGCACCAGAAAAUGGUGGACAAGGAGAUGAACCCUCUACCUCCCUCGCUCUCCACAGCUGCCAUCUGUCUUCUGAAGAAGCUUCUUGAGCCAGAUCCCAACAAACGUCCCAAUAUCCAUCAGGUGAUGGCUGAUUCCUGGCUACAGCUGGCCAACAAGAACACAGGGGCACCGUACCUUAACAGGAUCCACAUUGAGGAAAUAAACCACACAGUGUUGCUGCAUAUGACGGAGAAAAUGAGCUACAAGCACAGCGAGGUGCUGAGCGCUGUCCUCACUAACCGCGCCUGCCACACUCUGGCUGUCUACUUCCUCCUCAACAAGAAAAUGAAGAGACUCUCUAAAGAGUACAGGGAGAUGCAGUUCCAAGAAAAAAAGAAAGGUGAAAAGCAGAAGAGCGAAUACUUUCAGACGCAGUGGAGGAAGCACGUCGACAAGCUCACCAUCCCACCCAAGCAGACUCCUGUCUACCUUGCUGUUGCCAAGGGACCCAGCAAGGAGAAGAAACACAGAACAGGUCUAUUGCGUGCCAUAACUGGUGGCCAUCGUAACUCACCCCUGGCACCACCCGGCACUGUCGCCUCUUCCUCCAUGGAAUACCUGGAGAUCCAGCCUCUCUUUUCCAACACCCCGCAGCAACGGAGACGCUUGGCCACUCUCCCGCAAGUCAACACGAGCCCAGAACACAACAUACCUGCCCCACCGGCACCGUCACCAAUUGGCAUGCAUUCCUUCGGCUCCCUCUCCAAAGCCGAGCAAAUUGAAGACACCCCUGCCUCACCCUGGUACAAGCUGACCAACGGGACUCUUUCCCCGCCCCGCCACGUCUCUGCCUUCCAGCCCGACUCCUCUUACUUGAAGAAGGCCACAAUCCCCAGUCCUCCCGUCCUCAUCGUCAACCCGCAGCCCAAGAAAAGCAUCUCGUCAGACUGGGGCGGUUCUUCUGACACUAGCGGCAGCCCCCCGAGCACUGUAGGUAGCCCCCCAGGCAGCUCCGCUUUUAGCCCUCCGAAGUCCGCCUUCAGUCCCCUCAACCCCACCUCAGCAUUCAGUCCUCCCUCCAACAGCGGCAGCAGCGAUCCCGACAGCCCGACGCACCGCAGCAAGUUCCCCUCUAUGGGAAUAGGACAGAUCCUAAAGAAGAAGGUCCAGCUGCAGCCGUUCUCCUUUCGGCCUGAACAGGUCGUGGAGGAAGUGGUGUCCCCACCUCCCUACCCCAUGCAGACUCUCCUCUGCGCUUCAGGUGCACUCAAGACCCUCUGCUGAGGGGUACACGACAAAAAAAAUGAAAGAAAGACAGACUGAACUCAAGGCCCCUCUCAACAUUUUCUGUAAGUUGGAGAGGUCUUCCAGAGCGGCCUUCUGAACUGUGAACUGUCCCUUUAUUGAAACUGAGCCACUUUUCACGACAAAAAAAAAAGAAACAAAAGAUUUGGGUGAUAAAAUAUUGUCUCUCUUGUUACCACUCUCAUUAUGUAAUAAGAGGUGGUGACGCAGAGAGGAUGAGAUUUGAGCAAUGACUAAACCUUGCCGUGGCCUAGAUACGGAGUGGACAUAGGACAUCACGUAACAGACACACACACACACAUGCACACACAUUAAACACUGUAUUAUAGACUGAGUUAAGAGAUACUCUCUUAUGUAAUAUUGCUGUAACUGGUUACUAAUUGAGCCGCAGACUGAUUCACACCAGCUAACAGACCCCAACUCUUACCCGAACCCUAACUACGUGUAUAAAUGUUUUGUCUCUGUGAAAACACUCUCGAAAGAUACCCACUGACUUCCAGCCAGCUGGCACUGUAUCCUCACUGCUGACUGGAUGAAGAAGCUCACUGCACUAUUCUUAAAUACCAAAACCUGUAGUAACAACAGUGUUUACCAUCUCUUACCUCACUGCAUUAUUCAUACAUUAAUGUUUAGAACAGCAGUCGAUUGUGACAUGCUUGUGUGGAUUUUGCCACAGUGUUGCAGUGUCUGAGCGUUAGUGCCAUUAGAAUCAACGCACCGAAAUAGAAGUAGGUACAAAGAGCAGAGUCACUUUUUAUAGCGUUCUCAUAAACUAUCACUCAACACUGAUAAUAAUUCACAGCUAUAACUUUUUAUAUACAAGUGUUACAUCACCUCUACAACCCACAGGGAAACUGUCAAAGUCUUAGUUAUGACUUUCUCACUGCCUGUUCAUAGUCGGUUUUGAAGAAAAAGAAAAAAAAAAGUUAAAAAAAAAUAGAGCAUCAAAAGCCUUAUGAAACUUAUGAACCUCGCCGAAGGCUGAGGGUAUGAAGGUGGGAGGAUCACAUAACACCCAUGAAAAUAAUUCACUUCCUUUUGUCUUAAUGCUGUAGUUUGUGCAAUAGUCUUAAGUGUUAAACCGCAAUGACGAGUAUUUGCCAAGAGCUCUUCUGAGAGUAAUGUGAAAAUUGUGCUUGUAAAUAACAGUAUGACUCCCGUGUUCCUGUCACUUAGGCCGUUCUGUGCGGCGGGAUUGUAAAAAUGUUUGACAUUUUUUCACGUCUUAGUCGCUUUAUGAAACGAUUUGACUAAAAACUUCCACAGGCACAUGAGGCUCCUCACUGUUACGAUACUGUAGAAUCUCUUCCUGUCCAAAUGAAAAAGUUGCAUGCAAUGUUUCACGAGUCGAACUGUACUGUCACCAUUUGGAAUUAACGUCUUUGUACCUUUUUUUUCUGGUUGAUACUGAGAUUGAUACUGACUCGAGGGAGGGAGGGGGGGGUCUUUUGUAAG